AUGAAAAUCCUGCAUUUUCUCACUUUACUGCUUUGGCAUUUGACUUGGCUGUCUCUGGAUCUAGUUCCUGGAGCACUGAGUAAUUCUGAAGCAGGCCAGGGCAAUCCAGGAUCUAAACUAGGGUUCCUAAAAGCAGAAGAGAAGGAGAGGAAUCCCUCUGCACGGGCAAGUUCAGUGAGGACUGCAAGCCAUGGAUAUAGUGCUGGGACCUCAAAGGCAAGGACUAAAGGCAGUGCUGUUCAGGCAGGAGUUCUGCUGGCCAAGAACGAUGAGUCAAAGAAGGUUCCCUCAAGAACAGCUGCCACGGAGGGCAAGGUAGGACAUCUCCCCAGCAGAGCUUCUGGAGUAAGGACAGUGACUCCAAAGGUUCAAAACCUUAACAGCAAGGUGGCUUUGAAAAAAACUGGCACAAGCAGUACUGACACUGAUGCUUUCAAAACCAAAAAGACUAAAGAGCCUGUACCCCAGAGGGAAGCUAAAGAAACCUUCCGACAUCCCCUGAUAACACCACAUGAAUACAUGCUCUCUUUGUACAGGACUCUUUCAGAUGCAGAAAGAAAAGGUGUUAAUGGAAGUGUAAAACUGGAGGCUGGACUGGCCAAUACAAUCACCAGCUUUAUAGACAAAGGACAAGAUGAGCGAGCGCCAACUAUAAGGAAACAGAAGUAUAUCUUUGACAUCAGUGCAUUAGAAAAAGAUGGUUUACUGGGAGCAGAGCUUCGAAUAUUGAGGAAAAAGCCUUCUGAUACAUGGAAGUCUCAUUCUUCUGGCAAAACUUCCCAAGUGAAAUUAUUUAGUUGCUCUACAAACAGACAUGCAGCAACACUUCUGGACUCUCGGACUGUCAGUAUCACAGACACACCAAAGUGGGAAGUGUUUGACAUCUGGAAACUUUUCAGGAACUUUAAAAACUUGGUUAAUUUGUGUUUUGAGCUGGAAACUUUUGACAGGGGGAGAGCUGUUGAUCUCAGGAGUGUGGGAUUUAACAGAACAGGAAGACAGGUCAAUGAGAAGGCUCUCUUCUUGGUGUUUGGGAGGACGAAAAAAAGAGACUUAUUCUUCAAUGAAAUCAAAGCUAGGUCUGGCCAAGAUGACAAAACUGUUUAUGAGUACUUAUUCAACCAGAGGCGAAAGAGAAGAGCUCCUCUGGCUACACGGCAAGGGAAGAGGCCCACUAAGAACCUGAAGGCAAGGUGUAGCAGGAAAGCCCUCCAUGUGAAUUUUAAGGAUAUGGGCUGGGAUGACUGGAUAAUAGCCCCUCUGGAGUAUGAAGCGUAUCACUGCGAAGGGCUCUGUGAAUUCCCCUUGCGAUCCCACCUGGAGCCAACCAACCAUGCAGUUAUCCAGACCUUAAUGAACUCUAUGGACCCAGAAUCGACACCCCCAACCUGCUGUGUCCCAACCAGGCUGAGUCCUAUCAGCAUUCUGUUCAUUGACUCUGCAAACAAUGUGGUCUACAAGCAGUAUGAGGACAUGGUGGUGGAGUCCUGUGGGUGUAGGUAGCAGAACAGUGGCUCACGUGA